UCGGGCAUCUAUGGCAUGACAAUGAUAAAAUUAUAGCAAAGGCCACCAGAGAAAAAAAAAAGAAGAGAGCGUUGACAUUGACGUUUCGCAUAACCUCAAUUCGCGCUAUCUGACAGCCACGAAAACAAGUUUGUUUUAGGUGAAAAAAUACCGACAAACAGAGGCGAAAUUUUUAAAUAUUGUGACGAUGGCAACUUAAGGAAAGCCACUUGGGAUAUAUCUCCAACAUAUAUUAGAUAGGUACAACCAACAGUUCAUUCAUUGAAUUGAUUUUAUUGCUGCAAACAAAAGGGCAAAAAUGGACCAGAAAGACAGCUUGUUAAGGAAAUAUAUUACUAUAUUUUUAGUUGUAAGUGGUUAUUGGAUAGUCUCAAUAUCAACAGUAUUUAUGAAUAAAACCUUACUGAGUCACAUAAAACUGGACGCCCCAAUGUUCAUAAACUUCAGCCAAACAUUAGUGACAGCCCUUAUAUGUUACAGCUAUAAAGUACUCAGUCGAUUGUACCCAAAUAAAUUUAGAUUUCCAGAGGCUGAUAUUUGGGAUCCUAAAACAAUUAAAACUAUCUUUCCAGUCUCCUUGAUGUUCACUAUAAUGAUAGCCUCAAACAACUUGUGUUUAAAAUAUGUGUCUGUGGCAUUUUAUUAUGUAGGCAGAUCGUUAACAACCAUUUUUAAUGUUUUAUUGACAUAUUUCAUUUUGGGGGAGAGGACUUCGAAGAAAUGUAUGCUCUGUUGUGCAGUGAUUAUUAUGGGAUUUUGGCUUGGAGUGGACCAAGAAAAUAUUGCAGGUAGUCUGUCUGUAGCUGGUACAAUUUUUGGCAUCAUAGGAUCAUUUUCCUUAUCACUUUUUUCGAUCUUAACCAAAAAGGUGAUGCCACAUAUUAACGGCGACAUCUGGCUGCUGCAAUAUGCCAACAACAUUUAUGCCUCCAUACUGUUCAUUCCUCUUAUAAUAUUUAGUGGUGAACUUUCUGUUUUAUUUAGCUAUCCAAGAAUUAAUGAACUAUUUUUCUGGAGCAUUUUAAUUGGUGGAGGCUUGUGUGGGUUUUCCAUAGGGUUUUUCACCUCAUUACAGAUAAAAUAUACUUCAGCACUGACCCACAACAUUUCUGGCACAGCAAAAGCUUGCGCCCAAACAGUAUUGGCGACGUAUUGGUAUCAAGAGACGAAAAGUUUACUAUGGUGGUUUUCGAAUUUUAUAAUUUUGGCUGCCAGCGGUGCCUAUGCCAGGAUUAAGCAGCUGGAUAUGGAGAGGAAACACAAUCAGGGCCCAGCAUACACCAAAGUUUAAUUUUAAGUGAAAGAAAUUUAUAUUUUAAUGUAAUAUAUUUAUAGUUUUAAGGGU